AUGAAAUCAACUUAUAUUGUGCUUAUUGUUUGUCUUAUCAUCUCAAUUAAAUUGGAUUCUAAUAAGGCAGAUUACGGAUUUUACGGUUUCCCCCGAUUCUGGCAAGGACUACAAGGCCCGCUCCUCAAUGGAUGCCGCCCUCAUACGAUCCAUUUGACAGUUUCGCCUCCGCCACCGCCCGCCAAUCCAAUGCCUAUGCCUAUGCAAUACUUCGUACCAGUUCGAGUUCCAGUUCCUGUUCCUGUUCCAGUUGAACCAUCGGAACCAUCGGAACCACCAAAAACACGACCAUCACAGUUACCACAACCUUCAAGAACCCCACCAGAUCAGCCUCUGAAAUCUCCGCAACCCUCACAAACCCCGCAAUCCUCACGACUCCAACAAACACCUCAACAAACAUCUCAACAAUCGACUAAACAAUCGCCUCAACAAUCAGCCGAAGCUAGAAAAGCGAAAAAUGAUAAUAUUGAAAAAUCUAAAGCAGCGAUGAAAAGUAUGGCCGAUAAAUAUGCUCCAGCAGUUAACAAAACUAUGAACCAAGCAGCGGAUUAUGAUAGAGCGAUUUUAAAAAUGACCAAAACUUUCGUUGGUGAAACGCUUGAUAAUGCAGGUGAUUCUACUGUCGAGGGAAUGAAAGAGUUAACUAAUCCAAGCACCGAACCACCUGAAAAGAAUCAAUGA